AUGGAAAAUUCUUUUACAUAUGGAUCAUCAAGGAUAAUUCGAAAACGGUCACAUAGUCCAAGUUCCCCUAUGGAUUACUCUCCAUCUAAUUGGCUUUACCAUAGGUCUUUGAGUUCGAUUGGCAAAUCCCACAUGGUUGAGACUUUGUAUCCAAAUAUUGAAAAACUGAAAAACAGAAAAUCAAAUGUAAGGCCAAAAAUUUCAAGGGAAAUGGCUUUAGAAGUGGUAAAAAAGUACUUGCUGCCGAUGUUUGACACACAAAAACGAGCUACUUCAGCAAGAAAACGAGUAUCUGCUUACGGAAUGUCGCCGAAUAGGCUGUUGAAAGAUAAAAAGCCAUUAGAAAAAUUAAGUGAUUUACUGAAAGAAAUUUUAAGCAAAGAGCUUGUUGGUUUAGAAAAAAUUAAAAACAAUUAUGAAAAAGUGGUGACUGAGAAAAAUACAGUCGAAAUUGAGCUUAAUGCAUUAAAAGAAAAGCUGCUGAGGGAUAAAACAAAUUUGAAUAGCAUAAGAUAUAUGCUUAAAGAGACAGAUAAAAGAAAUAAAUUUGUAGUUUUAGGCAUAACUGGGACAAGGCAAGAUCUGCUGGAAUCAAAAUCUAUGUAUGAAAAAAGUCAAACAGAAAAAAUCGAAUUGGAAAAUUCUUACUACAAAGAAAAGAAUUUCAAUAUGGAAUUAAAAGAAAAAUCAAAAACCCUGCUUCAUUGAAAUGAUCUAUAUAGAAUGCGAAGUGAUAUUAUGGGAGAAAGACUAAAAGGAUUUUUUGAAUCCUGCACAUCUUUAUUAUCGUCUUCUCAAUUCGAGGAUAUUUUAUCAGCCUCACUGUCUUCAUGGAAAAAUUUAAAUGAAAAUCUAAAUAAAAUAGAGCAAACAGAAAGUUAUGAGGCAGGCAAGUGUAUGUGGCAAAAUUUCAAAUUAGUCAUUUCUAACUAUGACAAUAUUUCUAGUAGACAAAAUAUUAAAGAGGAGGUGAAAAAACUUAGAUUUGUGAUCACAGAUUAUUUUAAUAACAAAAAAAAUCAGCUCAAACGAGAAAUUGCGAGGACGAAAGACAGUGAGCAAGAGUUUUCAAAGAAAGAAAAAGAAUUCAAUGAUUUUAAUAUGGAAUAUGAAAAAAUGAAAGAAAGGCUCAAGGCACUGAAAGCUAAGCAUAAAGCUGUGAGAGAAACAGAAGAAAAACUAUGCAAAAAAUGCAGAAAACCUUAUUUCGAGAAAAAUAAUUAUAAUUGGUCUUGUUCUACACAUGGCAAUAUAUGAAAUGGCCAAAUGUAUUGGUGCUGUGGAAAUACAAAUAAAGAAAGCUCAGGAUGCCAAAGAAGCAAGCACGAAAAUCAAAAUUUAAUCGACAGCGACAAUGAAGAAGAAAACCCUGAAAGAUCCCUUUUUUGCUCAAAUUGCAAGAAAAAUGGACAUUCUCCCCACAAAUGCCCGAAAGAUCCGAAUGCCCGAUCAAAUUUCGAUUUUAAAUCUGAAAUUAAUCGAAUCAAAAAAACGGUCAAAAAUAAGCGAAAAAUGGGAGAAGUCUAUAAUAUUUAUUCAGAAAAAUUAAAAGGAAUUUUCAAAGAAAAAUUUUCAGAAAAUUCUUUUGGCAGGGAUUCUCCUCGAGAAACCGAAGAAACUGCUGACCAAUCGUUCUCAAUUUUUGAGUAUUCUAAAACCCCUACAAUUACUCCGAAACGGACAAUUUCUUUACCGCAAAAAGGUGAAAUAGACACAUAUAAAUCAGUAACACCUGAUAUAUCUCCAAUUUCAAAGAAAUACUUUGGCGAUGAAAGUUUUCCUUUCCUUUCAAAAAAACGCACUAAUUUAGAAAAUCGCUUAAAAUUAGACAAAUAA